AUGAAACCAACCAUGUCAAAUGGCGAACACGAGAGGAUGCAGCAAUACAGGUCUUCUGAUGCUUCAUGCUCACUCUCGGAUCUCGAGGAAGGACCAUCGUCAGAGGAGGAAAAACUUCUCCAAACCGAUCCCCUUUCAGAAAACCACCAACCAUCAAGGAGCUUCUUGAAAACCCUCGAGUGCACAGGCACCGCAUGGAUAGCCGUACCAGUCAUGAUUGUUGCUCUCAUUGCCGCCGUCUUUUCAAUUGCAGCAGCGGCAUCUACAGAGCUCAGUAUAUCUCCAAAGACACAAGCAACAUCUUUCAAGCAAUUCCCCAUCAAGACGGACGACUUGGGAGACUACAUCGAGUGCCCGACAGAGUCUCCCGAGGCCGCCAAAAACGCAGGAUGCUCCUUCGAUGUGCUCCUGUACGGCUGGCUCCCAGACGCGUGCUUCGACGCCGACAUGUACCGCGACAUCACGACGGACGCCGACUACGGCUUCUACCUGGACCGCGAGGGGCAGCGGCCUAUCGCCAUGGCGGAGCUGAUGAAGGGCGACUAUGUGCAGUAUCCUGAGGCCUACGUCUCGGUCGAAGAGCACUGGCAGCACUGCACCUACAUGCUCAACUCUUCCCUCCGCUUCCGCGCCAAGGAGCCGCCCACCGCCCUGAAUCUGCACCUGGAUCAGCACCACAUCGGCCACUGCCUGAAGUUCUUGUUGGAUCCGGCUACUACGCGGUCGCUAGAAGUGACGCAGACCCGAGCGCUGUUCAGCGCUAAGCGACGAUGCUACCUUCGACAGCAUGCUCAGUUUGGCUGA